AUGCAGUCCCUUCUAUCUCCUUCCGAGAGCAAUGCUUUUCAGUCUUUUCUCUCGUCUCUCGACUAUCCAGAAUCAGAAGCCAUGUCGAUCUCAUCAUCAGAAUGGGCACUCUAUAGUUCCAAUCCAUCAAUAUAUUCCCCACAAGACUCGCAGCAUGAUCCGGAGGCCAAUCCAGAACAUCGUGAAGCGUUGACAAAGGCGACAAAGGACCUUAUGUCUCUGGAUUCCAAUUCAUGGGACAAUGGAUCCUCAAUGAUGGAUCACCAAUCCACUAUGCACCACCAGCGGCGGCACACAUAUGGAGCAGAUGGGCAUACAAUGUCGCAAUAUGAUCGGGAGGAGCAUGAGCGCUUGCUAGUCCACCAGCAGCAGGUGCUGCAGCAUCAACGCCAGCACCGGCAACAGCAGCAACAAGAGCAACAAAGACACAACUCCUUCUCCAGUUCACGCGACGUCUUCCCUUUUCUCAAUGACAAACCGCAGCAAUCCCAGGAACUGCAAUAUCCAAUGCAUCCCUCCCAUCUACGGCACCAGGUGCCUCCCAUGAACACAGUUUCUUCUAGCCAUUCCUCACCUACUUCGCCUCAAUCUCCAUAUGGUGGUUUUCAUCAAUCUCACAACCCGAUGACCAUCUCUGUACAUCCCCCUCAACAGGUCCAUAUACCUCAUCAGCAGCAGCCACAAAUACCCUCCGGGUCGCGAAAUACACGCUUAUCAGCUUCCCGAUCGACUCCCGCUGUCACAGCAUCAACAGCCUCCCAUCAGUCGAUACAAAGCGCCUCCGACGCUGGUGCAUCCUCCUCUUCGCACCCCCGACUGCCACAUGGUAUGAACGACGCGUCGGCCAAGCGUCAACGAUCAUCUACAUCUCCUCCUAUCCAUGGUCAGAGGCCACACGAGCAACAACAGCAGCAAUCAGGCCCAUCGAAGCAGACUCUGCUGUCGCCGUCGCAGAAGAAGGCAAAUCAUAUACAGUCAGAGCAAAAGCGACGCGCCAAUAUUCGGAGAGGGUAUGAAGCGUUAUGCGAGACAGUGCCUGCGUUAAGAGAGGCGAUUCGAGAGGAGGAAGAAGCAGAGAGAAACUUGCGGAGUGCUAUCAAUGGCAAUGGCCCCGCGGUUGCACCCAGGAAGAAGAGCAGGAAGAAGAAUGCUAAAGACGGAGAGGAUAAGGAUAAGGAUAGACUAGAUGGCAGAGCGGGGCCGAGAAGCGAGAACGUGGUGCUGUCAAAGACAAUCGAUCAUAUCCAAGCACUUCUUUCAGACCGAUCAGCUUUGCUAGCGCGUCUGCAUCGUGCGCGCUCGUCUUUGCCACCAGGACACCCGGCACUAACACCCAUCCUGUCAGACCCUCCGUGGGAGAGAGAAUGGAAGGGCGGCGAGGGCAAGCUAGGAUGUGAAGACCCCGAUGGAGAAGGUGUUAGUGAAGACGACGGCGAGGAUGCAGAGCAAACCGUUGGGUAA